AUUACUGCAUUAGGCCCUUCACAAAGUCGGAUUCAUAGUUCUACAGUGUGCCUAGUGAAUUAGCUCACAGAGCUAUACCAGCGAUACAUCUAUUUGCCUUAUGUUGAAAGGCAAUAAUGAAAUGUUUGAGAGAGUUGGUGUUAUUUAUUUGCUUACCAACUCAUGCAUGUAAAAGAGAUUAAAUGCUAGAGUUCAGUGUUCGGUUGAGUUAAAUGGAUUACGAAACACAAAAGACGUUUCCUCUUCAGUAGUUGCUAGACUCUCGACUAUAUGUCUUCCUUGUGGUGUCAGAGUGAGACAUACCUGUGUAGCUAAACCGGGAGAGCGCACGUGCCCUGUGGAUCAGCAUGAAAUUGAUUUGUCAGUGGAUUGAAAAUGGCGUGUUGUGCCCGGGCUGUGGUGUUACAAGACUGUAACUGUGAAUGUGGUUGAAGGUAGCAUAGAUCAUAUCGUUGCCAACUUCAGGGAUGGUUUAUGACGAAACUGUGACAAAAAAGAGUCAGAUUUCUCCAGGAGGAUCACAGUUUCCAUGAUGUGAAAUUCUAGAUUAACGCUAACAAAGGCUGCGGUUGUCCUGAGGAGUAUUAGAUACAGCCAUGCACUGUACUGACCACACCCAUCUGCCCUCCCUGGACCUGAGGAAGGGGGAGGGGGUUUUCAUGUGCCCCAUCCAGAAUUCCACUGUCCUCCUCGGAAGCCAUGAGCUGAAGAUGUCAGGGAUGACCACUUUCUGGAAGUCGCCUUACAACGGGGUGGUGAAGAUCAACUCUCCUCUCUCAUACAAGCACGCUAAAGCUUUGAGUCUGAGCAGCAGGCGAUCAGACGAUCCGAAACCGCUCGGUCUCGUCAAGGGCAUUUUGAAGAACAGUCGGUCACGAGAGAGCGAGUCUGAUUCUUCUUCAACAGAUGAAACUAAGAAGCUUAGGGGGAUUCUCACGAAAAGGGGGGACAGCGCGGAUACUAAAAAGCGAACAGGCAAACGGGUCAAGUUUGAUGAUAAGCUGGUCAAACUACACGAGAUAGGCAGACGGUAUGCAGCGAAGACGUCGGGUGAAAGUGCAAGCGGGGAUGACGUUGAUGAAAGAUCAACGAAUGUCGAUCCACCCCGAGCCCUCAGAGAAAUUAACGGCAAUCGUCAGGUCGAGGAUGACGCUCCCAUGUGCAUUCAUAGAGGGUCGUCUGUUCAAAAUCCGUUCGUGAAAUCUGCCACAACAUCGGAUCUCCGUGUCGGCGGCACGUCGUGUGGGUUCCCCGUACAGAGUAAGCAACCAACCCGGUUGUUUUAUGAACGAGACUUUAGGGGCUCGUCUGCCAGGUCUGAAAAUAUCAAAGUGAUAGAAUAUGACAGAAAUGUUCCCCGAGGACACCCACGCCUGUGUCGGGCAUACACCUCUCCCAUGUUGUAUUCUCAAAAAUGUCACCGGAAAUCUGCUCAGAAUGUUAUCAUAUACAGACAGGAGCUCAGCACCCCGGAUGACCGACACUCCAACAGAAGCAUCAAGAGCGCUGGGAGUGGCUCAAGACAACGAAUCAUCUUCCAAGCCCCUUCAAUAACUAGUGAUAGAUCUGACGUCAGCAAUGGCAGUCAUUUGAAUAGGACAAACUUCUGUAAUGAUGACAAAACAUGUCAGAUUGUCAGAUGGCUAAGGAACGUGAAUGACACACAGGCUAAAGAAGGAAGGUGUCCUGUCCUUCUGACAAUGAGUGCCCAUGGGCUUCGAGACCCUUGAGGUUUAGUGAGGUGGGCACAUAAACUCAUCUAGAUUCCUCCAUGGGACGAAUGGUUUAGAGAGGUGGUUCAACUAAUGACAUCCAUAUCGGCAUCUGAACUAACUUUGACAUUGUUGAUAAGGUGUCUGUGUUCGGAACAGAAGAGUUCGAAUCCCACUACGCGUGAUGCAUGAGCUUGCCAUGCCUGGUGUAUGGAACCUCGGCAUUAAACACUGCUCUGCUGACUGGGACAUGGACCGUGUGUCAGAUAAUGAACGCAGUGGUGCGCUCACGUAGUGUUCAGCAUUCGCAAACAACUUGCCUUUGUCUCGAAUACCACGAGGUAGAUCAACUAAAUAUCAUUGACAAAUGUGGGAUCUGAUUCGAGGAACAGUUUUAGCUUACAUUGGUUUUUAUUUACAAGAUGAGGUACACCAAGAGACCCCAGACGGGAACGUGUCCUGUAAACCGAUGUAAGUGUUACAUAAAGUUCACUAAUACCCUGAAAAGUACAUUAAUACCGUGGAAAAGGAAAUGAACAACGUAAUUCUUCAUUAAACAGAUGGAGCAAAUGCUAAACCGCCGGGCAAAGAAAGUAUACACUUGUAGAUUGGAUUUGACCAAGAAAUUAUGUACGUUAUUAAAACGUUGCUGGGCGGUAAACAGCCGCCGAAACACGUCAGACGUAAGGUCCAAAACACAACUGUGAUACCGGUAUCAAAUGCAUCACCAUCAAAUGACCAUUUCUUGUUUGUUUCAUUUUUAGUCGUCAUCAAACAUGGGUGUAUGCUUUCUUUUGCCCGCAGUUUAGUUUUCGUGAUUUCAUGAAUAAUAACAGGCUGUUUACAUUGCGCAUAUAUCCACACCACACAGGGGCGUGCUCAAAGCGCUAUUAUUACCCCGGUCACUGGAUCAGUGCGCACUCAACAAUUAUUCUCAGCUCCCUGUGGAGUAUGCAACACAAGCUGCCUGUUGGGCGCUUGAAGGUUAACACAAUGAAAACGAGCAAUGUACUAGAUACAGAAGCUGAUCAAAGCAUCAUCAUCAUCCUAUGCAACAUACAUGGCCGCAGUCCUAGUUGGCCUAAUUUAAGCACUUAUACCUUUACGUUUCAUGAUUCCGACGAACACGUUUGUCCCUCUGGCAACCGUGUUGAAACUACGAGGUUUUGUUUAUUUCGUUUGGGCGCACUGGGUCUCAAGUUUAUGUAUUCAGUAUCAAUGUGCUAUGUCGUUUCCACUAUUCACAGUUUCUACGGAAGCAUUGUAGGGCCUUUGACGACUGUCAAAAUGACAGAUAUACGAUACUGAACGUUGAAAGGGCUUGAACUUUCUACAACGUGUGUUAGACUUUGUCGAUAGAACUCCGUCGUGUUUAUACCAAACCAGUGAUUUGCCUGUUCAUAGUCUAAUCUCAAUUUCAAAUUAUUUUAUUUUUGAAUGUUAUCACUUUGUGCAGUGAAUCAACAAACGAAUUGUUUACGUAGCAUCUCGGGUGCGCGUUAAUAUCAAUAACGCGCCAAAAGUCGCACGAUAAAAUAGUGUUACUGCGAACAUAUAUUGUCAAAUUUCGUUUCGAAUUCAGUACGGCAAUAUAUGUUUUUGAAACAAAGUGAUCAAUUCAGAUUAAACGAAAUAUUUCAUGAAUAUAUAUAUACUGACGGAAAGAAGUAAGGGAACUGCCAUCAAGGGCAUCAUGUAUCCGGUAUGAAAUUCGGGAUCCUCAAAUAGAUGUAUUACUACGCAACUACUGUGUUGACAACCAGUUGAAAUCACGUCGUCGCCAUACCAGAAGUACAUGUGUCCAAAAGGUUAAUGACCUAUAGCUAGUGAGAAUGUAAAGUAAGUAUUUUUGUAUGUUUUGUUUUGUACAGUUGGACUGGCUGGUUUCCAUCCUAAAUGUCAAUAAAAUAUUAAC